AUGAUUCAAUUGAAGACGAUGCUUAACUGCAUCGACAACUCGGGCGCCGCCCUCGUCGAGUGCGCCAUGGUUGUCGGUCUCAAGCGACAUGCGAGAAUCGGAGACAGAUUAGUCGUCGUCGUCCAGGAGCAGCGCAGCUCAGCCGAUGCGGGAGGAAUGUCCUCAGCGAACAAGGUCAAGCGAGGCGACAUACGGCACGCCGUCGUCGUGCGAACGAAGUACAUGACGCAGAGGCAAAACGGAAGCGUGGUCAAGUUCGACGACAAUGCCUGCGUCCUCAUCAAUAAGUCGGGCGAUCCCGUCGGCACCAGAAUCAACGGCGUGGUUGCGUCGGAGCUCAGGAAGAAGAAGUGGCACAAGAUCCUCUCCAUGGCACCCAUGCAGGUGUAA